AAAUGCACUUUUGCAGCAGGCGCAGCUGCAACUUGUUGCCUCGUGAGGGAAGUAGGGGUGACCUCGGAGAAGCGGAGUAGCUGUCAUUCAGAUCUGAACCACCUGAAAAUGGCUGAGCCUGUUAGAGUCCUGGUGACGGGUGCUGCUGGGCAGAUCGCCUAUUCUCUGCUGUACAGCAUUGCCAAGGGAGAUGUCUUUGGCAAAGAUCAGCCUAUUGCUUUGGUUCUGUUGGACAUCGCUCCCAUGAUGCCUGUUCUGGAAGGUGUUGUUAUGGAGCUUCAAGACUGUGCCCUUCCACUUUUGAGAGAGGUCAUCCCAACCGAUAAAGGGGAAGUUGCAUUCAAAGAUUUGGAUGCUGCCAUCCUGGUGGGCUCCAUGCCAAGGAGAGAUGGCAUGGAGAGAAAGGACUUGCUGAAAGCCAAUGUUGCCAUCUUUAAGUCCCAAGGGGAGUCUCUUGACAAGUACGCCAAGAAAACAGUCAAGGUUCUUGUUGUUGGUAACCCAGCGAACACUAACUGUCUGAUUGCGGCCAAAUCUGCCCCCUCGAUCCCAAAAGAAAAUUUCUCCUGUCUUACCCGAUUGGACCACAACAGGGCUUCUUCCCAGGUGGCAAUGCGUUGUGGCAUUUCUGCAGAGUUUGUGAAGAAUGUGAUCAUCUGGGGUAAUCACUCCUCCACGCAGUACCCUGACGUCCACCACUGCAAGGUGAAUAAGCAGGGGAAGGACGUGGCUUGCUUCGAUGCUGUGAAGGAUGAAGCCUGGUUGAAGGGGGAUUUCAUUUCGACAGUGCAGCAGCGUGGCGCUGCCGUCAUUAAAGCCAGGAAGCUAUCUAGUGCAAUGUCAGCAGCCAAGGCCAUCUGUGAUCACAUGAGAGAUAUUUGGACAGGCACUCAAGAGGGCAACUUCAUCUCUAUGGGUGUUUAUUCCACUGGAAACUCUUAUGGAGUACCUGAGGACCUAAUUUACUCAUUCCCUGUUACAAUUAAGGAUAAAACCUGGAAGAUUGUUGAUGGGCUGGCCAUCAAUGACUUCUCAAGAGCCAAGAUGGAUGCAACAGCAGCUGAAUUAGUAGAAGAAAGAGACACUGCUGUCUCGUUCCUGGGUGUGACCACAGAACCCCAACCAUCUGCACCACACUUAGAUGCCCAGGAAAAUCUAGAAGCACGUCUAUAAAACACUCCUGUUUUCAAUCCUUAAAACUCUUACACAAAUUCUACAAUUUAUCUGCACUUGAAUCCUACUGACCAGCUGAAUUCAGAAUACUAUAACUGGAUUGUAGUUUUCACUGUGCAGUCUUUGGUUGUGUUCUUCCUUGUUUUUGGUCCUUCUUUGUUUUUGAUCCUCCUUGUGAGCACAGCUCUCAGAAGGCACACAAAAGUAACAGAAUCAAGACUGUGGUAGCAAGUUCAGAGCUGGCUAAAGGAGGAGCAAAGUCUAGAGAGGAGGCCAAAUAUAAGAAUUCGUUUUCUCUGUCAUUAUCUAACCCUUGAACUGAAUUUCAACUGUUACAUAUCAUGGAGUUUCAUGUUUAAUUAUUUCAAUAAAAGUGCAGUUACUGUAAUAAAUAUUCCUGUGUAGAAUUCAACAAUAAAACCUGGAUGUUAAAAAUGA